AUGUAUCCAUGGCUUAAUGCAGCUCUUUAUCCUCUUCAAUCUCAAUCUUUGAUGUAUUGUGCUAUUCCAAAGAUAGCAUCAAAAACGCUUGUUUCACUAAUGAUGUAUGUUUUUGUUCGUGAUAUUAUAACUCAUCUCGAUAAUAAUUCGACAAAUAUUAAUAUUAAGAGAAUUCGACCAGAACAACUCAUUGAUAUUCCUAAACUCAUCAAUCAACUUCAAAAGAAUGGAAUUACAAUUACAAACACAAAAGAAUCGACUUCUUUCUCUUCAUUGUUGAAGACUUAUCUUCAUCUCCUUCGUUUUGAAAGGGUCAGUAGUACAUCUCCAUCUCUAUAUUUCAAUCCAUGGCGAUUAAAUAUAAAAGACAUAUUUCAUAGUUUUGAUUUCAAAAGUAUAUCAAAUCUAUCUGAUAUAUUUUCUCCAUCCUUCACUCGUGCUCUAUUUGUUCGACAUCCAUUUGAACGUCUAGCAUCGGCUUAUAAGGAAAGAAUCGCAACACUCGCAAAAGAUAGAAUUCAACCAGAAACUCACUACGAUAAUGUUCGCAAGGUAAUCUGUCGUCGAUAUACACACCCUGAUUGGAUUCCAGGUCCAUUGAAAGAAGAGCAUCCAUGUGAAUACUCUAUUCCGCCAUUCAAACAUUUUGUUGAAUUUAUUCUUAUGAAUACUGGCACAUAUUCUGGAGUAACUCAAAUGGACGGUCAUUGGCAGCCAUAUACAGUAGUUUGUCAAGUGUGUAAAUUUAAAUAUAAUUUUAUUGGUAAAUAUGAAACAUUCGACAAUGAUUUUAAUUCAUUACUCAAACGUCUCAAUGUAUCUGAAUGGAAUAAUGAAAAGCGACGCGGUGCAUCCGGUCAUAAGACAUGGGAUUAUCAACAGUUAUUUUCAUCUUUACCAGAUAAUCUUAUCUGUCGGCUCAAACGUCUCUAUAAUGAUGAUUUACAGUUAUUUAACUAUCGAAUAGAAGAUUAUGUCAAUCGAACAACGUUAAUUUGCUGA